GAGUGGGCAAUGACAACGAUGGCGUUCUCGUACUUGGAGCCACGAACAUACCCUGGUCACUCGACCCAGCCAUCAGGAGGCGGUUCGAGAAAAGGAUAUACAUCCCACUACCGGACUUGCACGCCCGGGCUAUAAUGAUAGAGAGGAUUGUGGGAGACACACCAAACACACUCACCCUCAAGGACUAUCGCGAGCUUGCUUUAAAGACGGACGGGUAA